GCCAGUCAGCAACACUUCGUGCGCUGUUUUCAGUGAUCGUGUUUGUCGAAUUAUUUUAACAAACGUACAUAAUACGUACAUGAUAAACGAUUUUUAUUUUUUUUUUUACGUACCUACUCGUUUUUUCGGAUAAAAUCGUAUCGACGGAGUUGAGUGUUUUACCACAAUAAAUACUAUUUGAAAUCGGUGUUCGAAAUUAUUAUUAUUCUUAUUUUAUAGUCAACUAACUCUCAGGUGGAGCUGUGAAAUCGUUUUGUGGUAGUGCAUUUUUGUGGUUGUUCAUUUAAAUUUUAAUUUUUACCGCGUGGAAGAAUAAUCAAAUACAAUUUCAACAUAAGAACGUGUUCAGAGUGCGGUUCAGUGCUAAUUAAACCAGAACGAACAAAUGUGAGGCCAUAUUUUGUGUUUUAUAUGCGUGCAUUUGAAAACUUGGAGGACUCUAUGUGGCAACACGUACUGAAGAUAAGAUGACCAAAUGCGUGGACAAUGCCCGGUGGCCAGCCAGUGCAGCUGAUCGUCAUGGUGUUGGUGUAUUGUGGAACAAUAUUUGCAGAUUGGGCCGAUUGUCCAACCCCUUGUCAAUGCAAGUGGAGUUCGGGAAAAAAAACAGCAUUAUGCAAAGAUGCCGAUUUUACCGAUAUACCUUUAUCGCUCAAUCCAGAUAUGCAGGUACUUGAUUUGAGCUCUAAUAACAUACGCCACUUACCGGAGGACGCGUUUAAAAAAGUAGGACUCCUAAAUCUGCAACGAGUAUUUUUACGCGGUUGCGGAAUACGGAAUGUCCAUAAAGAUGCGUUCAGAGAGCUGAAAAUACUUAUAGAACUAGAUCUUAGUGAUAACUUGAUUGGUUCAUUGCAUCAAGAGACAUUUCUGGGCAAUGAACGACUUCGUGUACUCUAUUUAAACGGAAAUCCAUUAACUGAAAUUAAAGAAGUUCAAUUUCCCGUAUUACAGCAUCUCCGAACUCUAGAAUUACAACACUGUCAAAUCAAGCGAAUUCACAGAGAUGCUUUCUUGCACUUGUCCUCGUUGGAGUCGUUAAAUUUAAACGGAAACCUAUUAAAAUGGUUAUCAGAAACUGUAUUUUUGCCGAUAUCAAAAUUAAAAACAUUAUCUUUGGAUGGAAACCCGUGGGUGUGUGAUUGCCGUCUAAGAAGUUUUCGAAACUGGUUUGUUUCGUCAAAUUUAUAUUCACACCCGUUGUCAUGUAUUGAACCGAAUAUAUUGUCGGGUAGUCGGUGGGAGAAUAUCAAACCACCAGAGUUUGCAUGUCCCCCAGUAGUCAAGAUUGAUAGAAACAGUGUGUUAGAAGAUGCCGGUAAUAUUACUUUUACAUGUAAAGUGACCGGGGAUCCUGAGCCAGAAGUCAACUGGUAUUUCAAUGGACAUAGUAUAGACAACUAUACGGAUCGAAUGGAUGAAAAUCGUACGUGGUUAGAUAACAAUCGAAUGUGGAGUGCCCUUCACAUAUUAAAUGUUUCAGACGUAGUGGCUGGCGAAUUUACAUGUGAAGCUCGGAAUUCACGUGGACAAAUGUCAGCCAAUGUAUCGUUAGCUUUACCAGAAGUAGCAGUUGCUACGACAUUAAGCAAAUCUAAAUCCAUGUAUUUGGUUAUAGUUUGUGUAGCCGCUAGUGCAACGGUUUUAUUAUUUUUGAUAGGCUUGACAUGUUGCGUAUGUCAAAUAAAAAAAUCUGGAGGACGGCGCGAUAGUAAGACAAAUUUUAAAGGAAGUACUAGUUUUAGCGAUGCGGACAAACGACUACUCGACGCAAGCAUAUCGACCACACAAGCCGGGAGCUGUGAAAUGCUUGGCGGAUCUUCUUGCCAGGACUUGGAGCUCAUUGAACAGUCAUUACAAAAUAUCCCAUUGGCCUCCGUCUGCGAUCAACAACCGGUUCACAUAACUAUUGAGAGUCAUGAUCCCAAUUCUAGUUUGUCAUUGUAUCCACCACCACCAGAAUUUUCCACUAGUAUUCUGCCAUCAGUCAGUGGUUUUGGAAAUAUAUUUAUUUCAGUAUCAGUGAGUCAAGAACCACCAGACCCUGAAUCUAGGUAUCCAGACUUACUUGACAUGAAACACAGACAAAAACAAAGCGUUAGUGUUGGUACUAGCUCAACCCAUCAUCUUCCACCAGCUUCGUCAUAUUACGCCACUAUGCCGAGGAAAAAACGAUUGAUAGACCAUCAAUCCAUCAAAUCGGUAAUGCCACAUUACGAUAACAUGGGUCCUAGAAUUACAGCAACGGGAAGUUGUACGAACUUGUCAUCUCUUUCUAACAGUGGUGAAUCUUCCGACGAUAUACCGCCACCACCACCGCCACCUUUAUGUACUGGACACACUGACUACGUGGCUCUAUAAUCAAAUAAUUAUAAUUUAUGUAUCUAUGAAAAAAUAAUUUUGAAAUCAUUCUUUGGAGUAUAAAUAAAUAGAUAUUUUAAGGAAUACAUAUUUAAUAUGUAUGAUUUCGAUAUUGUUUACAAUAUUGUAGACUAUAUUCACAAAAAAAAAAAAAGAAAAAAAACCAUAAUUUAUGUAAAAUGUUUUAAACAAAAUAACAUUUGGAAUCUGCACAGAAAGCUAAAUACAAUUUAAAAGAAGGUAUUGUUACUAUUGACGUUUAAACAGAACAUUGAAAGCUUAAGUCGUAUUAUCCGUCAUCAAUCACAUGGCAUUUAUUAUGGGGGCAGUAUUAUUAAUAAAAUACUAAAAUAGUAUUAUAGAGGAAAACCUGAAUACAAUAAAUAAUAAUGGGAAAUAGAAAGAAAAAAGUAAUCAUUGUAUAAAUAAAAGUUUGGUCCUGUUACUUUCUGUUUGUUCGUUUAUAUGUUGUUUUUUUUUUACGAAGUCAGUAGGUUAAACUUGACAAUCUAUAGUUUUAAUACUUAAACGAUAAGUAUUUUAUGUUAAAAUUGGAAUCAAAAAUCUUAUUUUCUAAUUAAUCAUGGUU